CUUCACCACUCUAAUCCUCUCCCACAUUUACACGUGUCGUUCAACGAAGCCCCAAUAAUCUCUUUAUCCAGAUUCCACACUCCUUUAACAUCACAGGAUAUCACAGUCAUUCCAAAUUCUCCGAUCUCACCGUUCUAAUUUAGCAUCCAAAAAGCCUGGAAUAUCCGUCAAACUUUAUGGGCAAAGAGGUCAAAUGGAGCUGGACUUCUGCUGUUGUCGGAGCCGCAGCGGCAACUGUCGCCACGGCUGUUUUGAGAGCCAAGCCCAAGGAUCCUACAUUCCGCUUGAUUUCAAUCAAACUCACCUCCUUUAAGCUCAAGCUACCGGUCGCCGACGUUGAUCUCAUCCUCACAAUACACGUCACAAAUCCUAAUAUCAGUCCCAUCAACUACUCUUCUACUACCAUGUCAAUCUUCUACGAUGGUUCACUCCUCGGGUCCGGCCCUGUGAAAGCCGGAUCUCAGCCGGCGAGGUCCUGCCAGUUACUCCAAAUCCCGGCUCGGCUGGACGGGCUGGAGUUGACCCACCACGCCGCUAAGUUUUUGGCUGACGUGGCUAGGAGAGAAAUGAUACUUGAUGCUGAGGUGGAUAUUGCGGGUACAGCGAAGGUAUUGUGGUGGGAUCAUAAGUUUAAGGUACACGUAGACAGUCAUGUGAUCGUUGAUCCUGUGUUUCUUGAUGUAAUUGAACAAGAGAAUAAGUCUCAAUUAGAGUUUUUAUUAACUUGACAAUUGUGUCGUAUGUUGGAUUAGGGUUUUUUAAUGGCUGAAUAAUCUUUAAUCCAAGGAGUUAAAUUGCGCUCUCUUUCAUGUUU